AGCUUUUGUUAAAGUGUCAUAUGCAUAUAAAUUUAAUCAAUGUUUGACCUAAAUGGGCUGUGCACCUAGCAUCCACGUCUCAGGGAGCACUGGAAUUGCUAAUGGUGACUCUAUUUCAAAUAGUUCAGCUGAUGGACAAUUUUCUCAGUCUGUUAUGAAAAAUUCAACUUCUCUACUAAAUAUACCCAAGUAUCAAAAUUUUAAGCCAAAUUCUCGGAGUGCUGAAAUACCACUUUUACAAGCAGAAAAUUUGAGUGGAAUACAAGAUUUCUUAGUUGAUUCAAAAUCAAUCACUCAUUCUGCUCCUUAUAUUGAAGCAAAGUGUAAUUCAAACGCAAGCCAAUGUACAAUCAUGCCACAGAUGGUAGAUCAGAAAUCUGAACUUCAACUUGGGCCAAUGAAAGUCUACAAGCAAGCAAUGGAGAUUUUAUUUGUGUUUGGUGCUGAUGAUCCUCAGUUGAAUGCUUUUGUUGCUGCAGCAAAGAGAGGCAAUUAUAAGUAUAAGCUACAGUAUAACUCUGAGAGUGCAAUGGAAUAUUAUCUUUCUUACAUGCCAGAGCUUGUUAUGAUUGAUAUUCGAGUGAACACAUCUUUUGAUGGUGAAGCAUUAUGUCGUCAUAUGAGGGCUACCAGACCUAAUUUUAAUACAGUUAUAGUUGCUGUUACAAAAAAAUUAGAGCAAGACGAUAUAUCUAUAGCUCCGUUGCUCAAUGCUGGUUUUAGUAAGAGAUUUGUUGAAGACCACUCUAUUACUGCAUGUUAUAAUGAACUUCUUUCUCUUGAUUAUGGUGAAGUUUCUUUACAAUGCAAACUUAGAGCUACAUCGUGCUUAUUCAGUGCUGUAGAACAUGCUUAUGACUCUAUAGAAAUACAAUGCAUUGACACUGACAAAGUAGAAUUUCAGUAUGUAAAUCCUGCUUAUGAAAAAGUUACUGGGUACUGGAGGUCAGAAGUUGUUGGAAACAUGAAAAAUCAUAUUUUAUUAAACUGUGAUGUUCCAAAACCUGAUUCUCAUGAGAGUAUAUUAAAGUUACUUAGUAAUGGAAAGUCAUGGGAAGGAGUUUGUAUUGCAAGAAAAAAAUGUGGUGAGCAGUUUGUCCAAAACCUCAAGAUUGUACCUAUGGUUGGACAUACAGGUUCCAUUACACACUAUGUUGUUGUUAAAAGAGACCUAACUGCUGUUCAGCAUGACUCCCAAGUCCAGCAAUUGCACCAGGAGCUUAGCAAAGUUAAUUUUGAUAAGGUUCAUGAGAAAAGAAACAAUUCACUUCAAACACCUCUUCAAACCUCAAUCAUGAACUCAGUUUCUACUAAGGCAGAAGCUCCUAUAACAAAGGUAAUUAACAUGUUAAAUGCUGUCCAAGAAAAUAGUCCAUCUAAUGUAGUCCAAGUACUAGAACAAGUUAUUGAAAUUUUAAGAACCACUGAGCUUUAUACGCCAACUACAAUUGAACAAGUGGAAGGCAGGACUGGAUUUGGAACAGAUUUAGUGGAAGGUCUUAUGUGGAAUUUUCGUGAACGAAGGCAUUCUGCGGAAAAUCCAGUCAAAGGUAGCAAUCUGUUGAAUAGCCAUAAAGUUCUUCAAGUCAUGCAAGCUUCUCCAGACAUUCAAGCAGCUCUACAGGGUGAGGAUCAAUGGGACUAUGAUGUAAUUAAAUUAGAAAAAGUUAGCAAUAAUAGGCCUCUCUACUACUUAGGACAAGCUAUUUUUAAUCGUUUUGAUGUUGGGGAAUAUCUGUGUGUUUCAGAUUCAAUAGUUAGAAAUUGGCUUCAGUUAGUUGAAGCUAAUUAUCAUAUUCAUAAUACUUAUCAUAAUUCAACGCAUGCUGCAGAUGUACUACAUGCAACUUCAAUAUUCUUAUUAAAAGAUGGUGUUAAGAAUACACUUGAUCGAUCUGACCAAGUUGCAGCUCUGAUAGCUGCUGUGGUUCAUGAUGUUGAUCACCCUGGAUUCACAAAUUCGUUCUUAUGUAAUGCUGGCAGUGAGCUUGCUAUUCUUUAUAAUGAUAUUGCCAUUUUGGAAAGUCACCAUGCUGCUAUGGCAUUCAAACUUACUUCAAGAGAUUCCAAAUCAAAUAUAUUUCAGAAUCUUAAACAAGAUGAGUUUAAACUUUUACGCCAGUCAAUCAUAGAUAUGAUUAUGGCAACUGAAAUGAAACAGCAUUUUGAACAUCUUGCAAAAUUUGAUAAUAGUUUUAAUAAACGUCAUGCAACUCCUGUUUAUGACCAUGACAACUUAUCAACAAACGGUAGAGGUACUCCAGAAUCAGUGUCAUCUAUAAAUUUACAAUCACCUGAAAAUCGAGGGGUUGUUCGUAGAAUGAUAAUCAAAUGUGCAGACAUUGCAAACCCUGCUCGUCCAUUAGAACUUUGUCGAGAAUGGGCUUAUAGGAUAGCUGAAGAAUAUUUUAGACAGACCGAAGAAGAAAAAAAGCGAAACUUACCUAUAGUGAUGCCAGUUUUUGACAGAAACACUUGUAAUGUUCCUAAAUCACAGGUUUUCUUUAUUGACUACUUUGUUAUGAAUCUGUAUGUAGCUUGGGACAAGUUUGCUCAAGUUAGUGACGCAAUGGAAUUUCUUCGACAAAACCUUUCGUACUGGCACGAUGAAGCUGAAAGACUUGAAUUGGAAAAAGAAAAUGGGAGCAAAAAUUCUCCUUGACCAAUGAAUUUUUUACGCGAAUGCCAUCUGAAACUCAGGCUGAUAUAGCUGAUUAUUUAUCAGAGACUAAAUUGGUCAAUGCCUUUUAUCCAAUAAAUAGCGAAGUUUUAAAUGAACAAAGUAAUCGCUCAAUCAUGCAUCGGUUCUUAAUUCGUAAAAAUGAAAAGGACAAAACUUGUGGAUCUUAAAGGUUAAAGGUUUUGUAACCACGAAAUUAAUUGUACAGUGUACAUCAAGCUAUCCAUUAUUUUAUGAAAUUGUUUUAAAGAGAAAAUUAUUUAUGGACUAACAGUGGAUACGUAUUUUUUAAUUUGUUUUCUGUAUAUUAUUAUUUUUAUUGAAAAUUUUGAGUAUUUUUGUGUUGGCGUUUCCAUGGUAAUAUUUAAUGUAUACUAUCUAUUGAAUUUGGCUAAAACAGUGGUUAUAUUUUUGAUUUUUACAACAUGGUAUUUCAAGAAUUCUUUCAACUCAUUCGUUUUCUAUGAUGAACACAGAUUUGCAUUCAUGGCUAAAUAUAAAUAUAUUUAAAUUGCUUUAUUGUUAAUUCAAAAAAAAUUUCUUUAGUGUCGUUCUGAGUUUGAAUGUGACAAAUUUCUUUAGUAUCAUUCUGACUUUGAAUGUGACAGAUUUCUUGAAAUAUUUUGUUAUAACUUUAUAGGAUUUCAAUUUCUUUUUAUUACUAAAAAAGUUAUUUUUUUACUUCAUAUGUGUGAAUGUAUAUAUAUAUACACACAUACAUAUUUAUAUAUUUACAAACACACAUACAUUAGCAUGUUGAUAAAUUCUUAAAAUCUAGAUACAAGAAUGUUAGAAUAUUUAUAAAUGUGUAUCGUUGCGGCCAUAUCUUUAUCAAAGUCAUUUUAUGUUUUAAAAGUUUACCUAAUUACAAAUACAAAAACAUAAAUAAACUCAUUUUUAUAUUGGUUCUUUAUUUGAAUGCUUUCUAUCUCAUAAUUCUUACUUAAUUCUCUUCCCCAAAAAUAUGGUAACUUUGAUAUGAUCGCAACGAUAUAUAGAAUAUAAGAAAAUAUUUUUAUUAAUUUGAAAUCUAUACGUAGAUCUUUUUUUAUGUGUAUGUGUGUGUGUAAUGAUUUAUAUAGCUGCAUAUAUGUUUGUUAUGUAUAUACCUGUAUUAUCAUAUAUGUAAUGAGUGUAAAUUGAAUUAGGUGCCAAAUUUAAGAAAUCGGCCACCCUAUUGUAUAUUUUAAACUCUUUUCUGAUUCUCUGAAAAUCUUUUAGUAUUUAUUUUUA